GAAUAUAACAAAAACAGGAGACUUCCUAGAUGUCAUUCUGAUCUUCCUUUCCUUACAGAGAAGCGCUUCUUCAGGCGUUCCAAGUCAGGUGACAUCCUCGCCAAGAACCCCGUGGUGCGAUCGAAAAGCUACAAUAAUCCACUGCUGACACCAGUAGCUGAGUACGAAACAGAGGGUAUGGCUGCCAACGGGACAAGCAUCCGAAGGCACUCUGUUUCAGAAAUGACUUCCUGCCUGGAGCUGCAGGGCUACUCCAACCUCACCACCAUCAUGGACAACGGUUCUAAGGGCUCCGUGACGGCCACAAAAAACUUGCUGUCCGACCAGGAGCGGUCCAGCGCUGGGUCAGCGCAGUGCUCUGGCAAACUCAGCACAGUGGAGCAACAGAAAGGACACUUCCACUCAAUGGACGACCCACAUAGGUCUUUUGAGCUGGACAGGGACCCUUCCUUGAUUCCUGUUCCUUCUUCUAGCCCUGAGAACAUAGUGGAUCAGAUUUUAGAGUCCAUAGACUCUGAUUCUGAAGGCAUUUUUAUUGAUUUUGGCAGAGGCUGUUCCAAAUCAACAGCAUACAAUGUGGACGUGAACAGACAGAGCGUCUUGUGAAGGACAGCAGGACACGAGCCUUGGGUUUUCAUGUUAUACAAGAAAGCUACUAACGUGUUGAGUCAGACCAUGGGCACAACCUACGUGUGUCUAGGGCACAACCUCAGCUGUGUUGAAGUAUAAAAACACCACAGUUUACAGCAGGCAGGAAUCAGCUGCCUGUGGGGAGAAACCCUGAUGACUUCUCCCUGUCCCCAUCCUCUGCGUUCUCGUUUCUUACUGUCUUUCUGAACUUAGGGAUUCACAAACUAACAGGUAUCUGGUGAAAUGCACUUGUUACAACUGGCAGGGUCUAUUCAGCAAUGCUGCCUGGGAAAUGACUCAAGAGAUUCCUGUAGAAGGGCAGGUUGUUCUCUGGACUGUAACAUGUCAGCUGGAGCACAAAAAAUUAUCCUUUUAAAAAGUAAAACUGAAAUAACAGAGGCUGUGGUCCUUCAUACCACAGAACACCACGAUAAGGAAGUCUCUUUUAAUCUUUUCUUGUACAUCUUGUAUGCACUCCUUUGCUCAACGGUGAGUUAAGAGUUCUUGAAGAAAGGCAAAUAAAUGGAAAUGUGCUACCUGA